UGUCAGUGCGGCAGACGUUCAAUAUUUGUCUGAGAAACGCUUUCAAAAGAACUUUCAAGAAGUAUUUGAAAUUGAGCUUUCGUGGUACAGAAACUCCCUGGUUGGCAAUCUUGUGCCACAAGGACGAUACAAGGAUAUUAUACCAGAUUAGUGUUUGUGUGACAAGAUGUCGUUCUUGAAAGAGCCCAACAAGGUGGACUUACAGUCUUCCACCCAAGACCUCCUUCAGGAACGGAGUCAUAGUACAGCUAUGUUUAUGCGACAGCGAAGACGGAGUACUGUUGGACAGGUCAUGCCGGCGGAAACUAUGAAAGAGAAACAGGCCAGGGCCAAAGAUAACAGAGAGGCAAGACGGCAGCGUGUGGAUAAAGCUUACAAGCAUGUGAUGAUGGUUAUUGCCAAUUACCUGAAUCUGGACACAUCAGUGGUGGAGGAGUUUGUGGUGGACUCAGAGAGGCACAUGGCGCUUUUUGAUCGAUUUCUUAUGAAAAAUGGCUCCAAGAGUAUCAAGUUCUAUUACCAGGAAAUGGAUGUGCCCCUAGUGGAAGAUUGAGGGCGUGCUUACCCAGGUGUUCCUAAAGGGGGGCGCACAAACAGACUUAUUGUCACAAGUGGAAAGGGUGAAAGUUUGUCUGGAGUUUGUGUGUACUUUCUGAAGUCCAGAAUUGAUGUUGAACUUACCUUGAAAAACAUUUGUGAGGAAAUCACAUUUGGUGUGUUGGAUCCAAGUAAACAAGGCCUGUUGGGUGCAUUUGAAAUGGUCCUAAACAACAUCUAUCAGCCAGCCUUGAAGACUCUCCACAACUGGGGUGACUUGACAGAAUCCAAUCAAGGCAGGAAGAUCAAGAAACAGUUCCUGGAUAACUGUGACAACUUUGUGUCAUAUCUAAGAAGUGCUCAGAUGCAUGUUGAAGAAGUUGUACAACUGGUUGAUUGUGACAAAGUGGACAUACAAGAAAUCAAGUCUGUCAGUGACUGUGUGCAGGCUGCAGCUAACCCUGAUAUUGUGUCAGUUCUAGAAGAUCUGGCUCUGGCCUGGUGCAAGCAGAUUGAACAGAUUCUAGCUGAGAGCGAUCAGAUGAGAAAGGAGGCUGAUGAUACUGGCCCUCUAGCUGAGCUGGAACACUGGCGGCAGCUGAUGGCUCGGUUCAAUGCCCUCCUGGAGCAGAUCAAGAGUCACAAGUGUCGUAUGGUCAUCAAUAUCAUACACAUUGCUAGGUCAAAGGUCCUCAAGAAGUGGAAAGAAUUGGAUAAGCGAAUCACAGACAGUGCCAAUGAGGCAAAGGAUAAUGUCAAAUACCUUUACACUUUGGAAAAAUACUGUGAGCCCCUGUACAGAUUUGACCCUGUGUCAAUGAUAGACUGUCUUCCUGGCCUGAUCAAUGCCAUUCGAAUGAUACACAACAUCUCACGAUACUACAAUACAUCAGAGAGGAUGACAUCACUCUUUAUAAAGGUCACCAAUCAAAUGGUGAAGACAUGUAAGACAUUCAUCACUGAUGAUGGCAUGUACAGAAUCUGGGAUCAGCCUUGUCAGGAGUUGUUCAUGAAGCUAGAGAGCUGUGUGAAGCUGUACCAGACAUAUCAGUCAGCCUUCCAACGAACCAAACAAAAGAUAGAAGACACACCAGGAGAGAAGCCCUUUGAAUUCUCAGAGAUGUACAUCUUUGGGAAGUUUAACACAUUCUGCAAGAGAUUGCAGAAGAUCAUUACAUUGUUGAGGCACAUAGAUGAUUUCUCAACCCUGUCUGAGUCAAAGAUUGAAGGCAUUGAGCCUUUUGCUGCUCGUUUUCAACAAAUAUUAGGCACUAUCAAGAAGAAACCCUAUGAUAUUCUGGACCAAAGGAAAGUGGACUUUGACAAUGACUUUGAAGACUUCUGCAGAUUGGUAGGAGAGCUGGAGAUAAACAUCCAAACCUUCAUGGAUGGCUGUUUCAAGAGAGUCAGUUCUACCUCGAUGGCCCUGGAACUCCUCUCAAGUUUUGAGAAACUGAACAUUGCAAAGCUGAAUAUUGAAGAGAAAUAUUCAUCAAUACUGGCAAAGUAUGGAGGAGAGGUUGAAGAUAUACGCAAGUUGUACCAGAAAUAUCGGGAUGACCCUCCCAUCCCCAGAAACAUGCCACCUGUGGCAGGGAGAAUCACCUGGAUCCGCCAGCUAUUUCAGCGGAUACAUGACCCCAUGGACAUCUUCAGGGUACAUCCGACAUGCUUAUCUUCGGACGAUGCUAAGAAAAUCAUUAGGAACUACAACAGAGUGGCCAAGGUGCUAGUGGAGUAUGAAAUACUCUACCAUUCUGCUUGGGUGAAGUCUGUGGAACUAGCUAAUGGAUAUUUGCAGGUUCCUGUGCUUGUCCGCAACCCAACAACAGACACAUAUUUAACCAACUUUGACCCAUACAUAUUUGAGGUGAUCAAGGAAGCUGAAUAUAUGGUAAAGCUUGACUUGGACAUUCCUGAUGCAGCCAAAUUGCUCAUUCAUUCCACAGAACAGCUCCGGACAAUUCUCAACCAGAUACAGAUGCUGCUUGAUGAAAAUACAUCCUUGAGAUCCCAAAUACCCAACAUCUUCCUUGUCUUGUUGGGCCCAUCACUGAAAAAGGUUGAUGUAGCCAUGCAGCCAGGACUUGUGUCGCACUGUUGGACAUCACUAAGUCUGCCUCAGUUUAUUGCUCGAGUUUCCUCUGCCUUGAAGGAUUUGCACCUGGUUGUCAAACAGGUGAAUGACAUCAAAGUGACACGAAUCGACAAGAUCCUAACGGACGUGAGUGAGAGUCUGUUGUGCGAUCUCCCAGACAGGUCCCCAUGGGCUUUGAAAGAGUUUCUACACAACAUGGAAAGCUACUGUGAAAGAACAUCCCAAGACUUGAACAGACUGAGUCAGACAGUAGAGGAUUCAGUGAUUGAACUGAUCCGGAUCUUUAUGAACAAAGCCAAACUUGAAGGCUCCUCAGUCACUUUUGAUGGACCAGAGGAAGAUGUUGACGCCUCGGAUGGUGAGCUUGUGAUGAGUGUUCCCAUAGAGACUGCAAGUCGUGAUUCUGAGAUGAAACGAGAGGAGUUUGACAUUAGCACUGAGCAACAGAUCAAGGAGGCUUGUGAGGAACUAUUUGAACAUUUCAACCACAGACUGCUUGAUGCUCUGCUGCGUGCUACCAGACAUUCACUUGAUGUCAUGCGUAAGAGAUUCUUCUCUGGUGGUCGACGACCUAGUUUGAGUCACUUUGAGGACAUGAAAAGUUCAGUUCAGGACAAAGCGUCUUUCUUCACAGCAGAUAUCACCUUAGCCAUCCCAAAUGUUGUGAUGCAACCAAGCCUGGAUGACCUUCAACAUGCUCUUAACAAGGCUACGCAAUUUGUAUUGGACAUCAGUAAAGGUGUCGAACAGUGGACUAGAUACAAGCAAGGCAUAGCUAACCUUCUCAAGCAGCCCUGUGCAACUGAUGAAAGCAAUGGGGAGAACUCUCAGCAAGUGAAGUUUGCUACAUCUAAGAAAAACUACUACAAGAAUGUAGUUGACAACAAGGAUAUUUCCAAGUAUGUGAUGAUGUUGUCAUCGGCCACCAGUAACCUGAAGCCGGAGGUGACUCAGGCGUUGCAGAGAUACACUGACUUCUCCUUCCUAUGGGAGCAGGACCGAGACCAGUCUGUGGCCGAAUUUUUGUCAACAGAUCCCAUUAUUUCUGAGUACAAAGCCAAAAUAGCAAUGUUCAAGAAACUGGAAAACUCCAUUGAAGACAUCAAUGUAUCAGAAGUUGUUGGACCUAUAGAACUCUUCACUGAACCUCUGAAACUGGCCCUAAGAGUUGAAAUCAAGGCCUGGAAGCUGUUGUUUGGGAAAGAGUUGAAUAGCAAAUACCGUGACAAGAUGGAGGACAUAUUGGUGUUUGUGGAGGAAUACACUAAGAGACUGACACGACCAAUCCGAGACCUUGAUGAUGUCCGACAGGCAAUGACUGCACUCGCUGAUAUCCGAGAAAAUCACAUCAGGAUAGACAUGUCUCUUGGACCUAUUGAGGAGUCAUACAAUCUUCUUCAAGACUUUGAAGUAAUUGUUUACAAAGAAGAAAAUGACAAGGUGGAUUCUCUUCGAUAUUCCUUCCAAAAGGCCCUCAGUAAGGCUAGUCAAGUGCAAGAUGAACUUGUGAAUGUACAACCAGGCUUCAAGACAGAGCUUCUGACGUCUGUUGAAGUGUUUCAUGUUGAUGUGGAGAGCUUUGAAGAAAGAUAUAAUACUGGCGGACCUAUGACUGAAGGAAUAUCUCCAGCAGAAGCCAAUGAUAGACUACAGAGUUUCCAGAGUCAAUUUGAUGAUUUGUGGAGCAAGUACUCUAUCUACUCAGCUGGGGAGCAGCUGUUUGGCCUGACAGUCACAGAUUACCCAGCUCUUGUCAAGGUGAAGAAGGAGUUGAAUCUGCUGCAGAAACUGUAUGGUCUCUACAACACGGUCAUGACCCUCAUCAGUGGAUAUUUUGACAUUCUUUGGGUUGAGGUUGACAUUGACAAAAUCAAUUCAGAAUUGUUGGACCUCCAGAACAGAUGCCGCCGCCUCCCUAAAGGUCUGAAAGAAUGGCAGGCGUUUUUAGAUUUGAAGAAAAAGAUUGAUGACUUCAGUGAGUCAUGUCCCUUGUUGGAGCUGAUGGCUAACAAGGCUAUGAAGGAAAGGCACUGGGACAGAAUAGCUAAACUCACAGGACACACAUUUGACUUUGACUCAGAUAACUUUACACUGAGAGACAUCAUGAAGGCUCCUCUACUGAAAUACAAGGAGGAGAUUGAAGAUGUGUGCAUCUCAGCUGUGAAGGAGAAGGAUAUUGAAGCCAAACUUAAGGCAGUGAUCAGUGACUGGAAUGGACGAACUAUCACUUUUUCCAACUUUAAGGCUCGAGGAGAACUCCUUCUGAAGGGAGGUGAUACGACAGAGACCAUUUCCUGCCUGGAGGACAGUUUGAUGAUUCUCAGCUCACUGCUUAGCAACAGGUUGAGGAUGAAGUUACUGGAAAAAGGGGGUGACUUAACACUGGACAUUUUGGUGUCGACUGCGAGAGCACUGGAGGAAUCUGAACUGCAAGCAAAAACUAUUGAAGGUCCAAGUGUCGUGAAUGCUAUGAGGAGUUCCAAACAGUCAGACGGGAGAAAGUCUGGGAAGAAGGGAAACUUUAAUGUGAAGAAAAACAGAAUUGUACAGCCACUACGUAGAGUUCCGUAUCAUCUCCAGGGCAAACUGGAAGAAAAGUUAACGGAAUUGGAAGAACUUGACGUCAUAGAGAAGGUUACAGGACCAAGUGGUUGGGUGUCACCAAUAGUCAUUGUACCUAAACCUGGAGAUAAUGGUCCACAAUUUACAAGCAAGAACUUUAAAGAGUAUCUGCGCCACAAUGGCAUAGAACAUAAAACAAGCACUCCAUAUUGGCCUCAAGCCAAUGGCGAGGUUGAAAGGCAGAAUCAGACGAUACUGAAAAGGAUCAAGAUUGCCCAGGUGGAGGGAAAGGACUGGAAACAGGAAUUAAUUCCAUUCCUUAUUAUGUAUCGGACAACCCCUCAAGCGACAACAGGAAAGUCGCCCAGCAUGAGCAAUGCGCUGCCUGUCUCUAGAGAAGACGGGACACGAUGCGGAAUCUUGUCCAAUAUGUCUUGGGUUUUCCCCGGCCCAAAAGAGGAGGGCGGCAGAUACGCUUCUUCUACCGGGAGAUGCGGAGGCGGUGGGGAACUGACGCAGGUCCCCCGCCUAAGGCUAAAAAGCCGCAAAAAAGAAAAAAAUCCCGCGGGCCAAAACCCCUCUCCCGCCAGUACUGGUGGCUUUGACAUGUCGAUAAUGGAAACCUUGUUUCAGCAGCAUAUGGACUCUGUGAAGUCCCUCGCUCGUGAGUCAGUUGGAGGUCUCCGCCAGGAGUUCCUCGCCACCCGGACGGGGCGGAGAGUCAGGGGUCCCUUUCGAGGAGACCCAGCCUCUGACUCCGGCUCGGGCGCCGAGGCAAUGGAGCUUGGGGAGGUUGAGGAGCAUGACGGAGGCUUCCGCUUUGCUUCGCUCUGGCGGGAGGUCCGCAAAGAAUUGCCGAGGGCCUACCCUGCCGCGGUGCCUGAAGCCAAGAGGUUCCAGAAUAUAGACAAGUCAUGGGGCAAGAUCAUGCAGCGUGCACAUGAGGUCACCAAUGUUGUCCAGUGCUGUGUUGGGGAUGAAACCAUGGGACAACUCCUACCUCAUCUGCUGGAGCAGCUAGAGCUGUGUCAGAAAUCUCUCACAGGGUACUUGGAGAAAAAGAGACUGGUGUUUCCCAGGUUCUUCUUCAUCUCAGAUCCCUCUUUGCUGGAAAUACUUGGACAAGCAAGUGAUUCUCACACAAUUCAGUCUCACCUGCUAGGGGUGUUUGAGAAUGUCAAUGAAGUGGAGUUCCAUGAAAAGGACUAUGACAGAAUCCUGGCCGUUAUUUCCAAAGAAGGGGAAAAAAUCAUACUUGAAAAAAAAGUGAUAGCCCAGGGAAAUGUUGAGAUAUGGCUAGGAGAUUUGCUGAGGGAACAGAUGAAAUCACUUCAUGGUGUUAUCAGAGAUGCUUUCAGGACCAUUAACGCUCCGGAAUUUGAACUUCUUGGAUUCCUUAACUCAGUCCCAGCUCAGGUGGGCUUAUUGGGUAUCCAAAUGUUGUGGACCAGGGAUGCAGAGGAUGCUCUGAGAGUGGCCAGAUCAGACAAGAAGAUUAUGCCAACCACCAAUCAGAAGUUCCUUGACCUCCUGAAUAAACUCAUUGAGCAGACAACUCAUGACUUGACCAAGGUGGAGAGAAUCAAGUACGAGACUCUUGUUACCAUCCAUGUGCAUCAACGAGACAUCUUUGAUGAUCUGGUGAAACUUCAUAUCAAGACUCCUUCUGAUUUUGAGUGGUUGAAACAAGCAAGAUUCUACUUCAAGGAGGAGACUGACCAGUGUAUUGUACAGAUCACUGAUGUAGACAACAUCUACCAAAACGAGUUCCUUGGUUGUACUGAUAGACUGGUCAUUACCCCUCUAACUGACAGGUGUUACAUCACACUAGCCCAAGCUCUGGGGAUGUCUAUGGGAGGUGUCUCUGCAGGGUCACCUGCUGGAACUGGCAAGACAGAGACAACUAAAGACAUGGGCAAGGCUCUCGGCAAAUAUGUCGUUGUGUUUAACUGUUCUGAUCAGAUGGACUUCAGAGGACUUGGACGUAUCUACAAAGGUUUGAAUAUAAUACAAAUAGACCCUGAGGCAUGA